AUGACGAAUCCUCUUGCUUACAGUUCACUGACAUUUGCAGUCCUAUCAAGUAACCAUGAUGUCAGCAUGUUUAUUGGACUGCCAUCUGCUAGUGCUUUUGAGUGCGUCUUUUCAUUUUUACUAAAGAAGGCGUCUAUAAUGCACUACUGGAAAGGUUCUAAAGAUGCUAAAAAAGACACUUCGUCCCCUCAUGUAAACAGCCAGCAAAGAGCUUUGACUCUAAAGCAACAGUUUUUGCUUUCCAUGAUGAAACUGAAAAUGGGACUCUUUCUAUUUGACCUGGCAUUUAGAUUUGGUGUCUGUGAAAGCACAGCCAGCUCAGCGUUCACCACAUGGGUCAAGCUGAUGGCCAAAGAACUCGAUUGGCUGAUUUCAUGGUCAGACAGAAAAAUAAUUCAGAGGGACCUGUCAUCCAUGUUUAGAAAGUAUUAUCUUAAAUAUCGUGUCAUCAUUGACUGUACAGAAUUGUUUGUUGAAACCCCAUCAAGUUUAGAAGUUGCAGCGAUGUACUGGUCAAACUAUAAACAACACUAUACAGCCAAUUUUUUAAUUGGCAUUACCCCAAAUGGUCAUAUUUCAUUUGUAUCUGAAACUUAUGGGGGCAGGGCCAGUGAUGUUUUCAUAGCAGAGAACAGCAAAUUCUGUAACAAGCUGCAGCCUAAUGACCAAGUGAUGGCAGAUCAUGGCUUUAAGAUCAAUAACCUACGUGCUUUUCAUCAGUGUUCACUGAAAAUACCACCAAGCAAACAUGGAAACUUGCAGAUGUCAGCAUCAGAUGUCCAGGAAACUUCUAUCAUUGCAAAUGUUAGAAUUUAUGUUGGGCAAGCAAUCAAAAGCAUAAAAGAUUUUUACAUCCUAAAGAAAGAACUACCUGCUAGCUUGUUGCCAUUACUAGAUGACAUUGUAGUUGUGUUUUCUGCUUUCUGUAACCUGAAAAAAUAUUUGACCCAAGACAUAUAG